CUGGCGUUUACACACCUGUUGCAGUUUCUUUCAAAAAACGUGUGCAUGGUGACAUUCAUUUUCAAAAUUUAGAAGAGUAGACCAGCUUCAGAUACCUACUGUAACCCAAAGGCCAGUCCUUGCUUAAAUAUUGCAACAUGGAUAUAAGUCGAAGUUUAACUUCUGCAGUACGUGCAGGUAGAUUGAGAGAAACAAGAAAGUUAGUUACUCGUUAUGGUCUAUCUCAUUCAAAGACAUGGUUAGAAGGUUACAAUUUACUCCGUGAUGCUAUUAAGUAUAGACACAUAGCUAUUACUAAGCUACUUAUUACACGUGGUGCUAAGGUUAAUAGUCCACGUUUUUCAUCGUCUGAUACUCCUCUUCAUUUUGCCAUAGUGCAUGGCGAUACAGAAAUUGCUGAGAUGCUACUAGACAAUGGUGCAGAAGUUAAUGCUAAAAAUCACCAUGGCACAACUCCUCUUCACAACGCAGUGAAAACUGGCAACCUUAGCCUUAGUCAUUUGCUGAUAAAUUAUGGAGCAAAUAUUAACAUCAGAGAUAAGGUCGGUAUAACUCCUCUUGCGGUCGCAGCUGAAAAUGGGUAUUUAGAAAUUGUUGAAUGUCUCCUAAAAUGUGGUGCUUCAGUAACAAACAAUCCAUGUAGGAACGGUUUAACAGUACUGGGUCUUGCUGUAGAAAGAGGCCAUGAAAAUAUUAUUAAGCUGCUUUUAGAAUACGGGGCAAAUCCAAAUGGUCAAAAUAAGAAUUGUAAAAGUGUACUAUGUGUUGCUGUUAAAAAGGGAGAUGAAAAGAUUGUUCUGCUGCUUUUAGAGCAUGGCGCGAAUGUUAAUGUAACAGAUAACCAUUCCAAAAGUAUAUUAUAUGUUGCUGUUGAAAACCGAGACGAUAAGAUUGUAAAACUGCUCGUGGAAUUCGGAGCUGAUGUUAAUUGCCAAGAUGGCCAUUGUGAUAAUGUACUGCGUGUUGCCGUUAGAAACAAGGAUAAAAAGAUUGUUAAGCUACUUUUGAAGGGUGGGGCUAAUGCUAAUUCUCAAUGUGAGUGUACUACAAGUAUCUUGUAUAUGGCAGUUCAUAAUGGACUUACACAAAUUGCCAAGUUGCUUUUGGAGCAAGGGGCUGACAUUAGUGCCCAAGACAAAAAUUGUAAAAGUACGCUACAUGUCGCCGUUGAAAGAAAAGACGAAAAGCUUGUAAAGCUUCUUUUGGAAUAUAGUGCUGAUAUUAAUGCAAAAGACAAUGAUGGUAAAACGGUACUCCAUGUUGCAGUCGAGCAAGGAAAUGAAACAAUGGUUAAGCUCCUUUUGGAAUUCGGAGCUGAUGUUGAUGCCAAAGAUUAUGACGAUGAAUCUAUAAUCUACUUAGCUGUUGUAAAGGGACACUCUGUAAUUCUCGAACAUCUUUUAAUAUAUCGGCCUGAUGUAAAUAAUGAAGAUAAUCGGAAGGCUGUUAUCAAGGCAUUUGAAGGUGAAGUGUAUGGCUCUAAACAAGAAUAUAGCAAGAUUCUUCAAAAUUUACUUGGAUACGGUUUUACUGUAUCCCUUAAAGGUGUUAAUAUCCAUAAAUUGCUGCAUACUGCCCUUGUGAAAGGAUAUUUGAGAAUUCUUGAGCAGCUUUUAAAAUUUGGUGCCGAUGUUGAUUUGUCGGACAAAUCAUGUGGACGUUAUACCCUUUUACAUAUUGCAACAGACAGUAAAUUAAUAGAAGCAGCAAAAUUGUUAAUGAGUUAUGGGGCUAAUAUCAAUGCUAGAGACAAGUAUAGAAAAACACCGAUAUUUUACGUCAUUGAGAAGCUUUAUAAUUAUGGCGCUGGUAAUGACUGUGGGGCACCAAAAGAGGGCUGUGUUCAUUCCGAACAUCCUUUAAAAAAAGACAGUGAUAGUAUUGACAGUGAUAGUAUUGACAGUGGUAGUAUUGACAGUGAUAGUAAUGUCAGAGAAGAAAUUGGCAAAUUGCUUAUAAAUGGUGGUGCGAACUUAAAUCUCCUAGAUAAAUUUGGUUCGGCACCCCUUCAUAUUGCUGUCAGAUCAGCACGGCUUAGAAACGUUGAAUUUCUUUUAAAUCAUAAUGCGGACCUUAAUUUUAAAGAUAGUUCUGCUAUGACACCACUCCAUAUUUGUGCUGAACAAAGAAAUGUAGUAAUUGCCAAAAUGUUGUUAAGUAAGGGAGCUAAUACAGAAGUAAAAGAAAGCAAUGACUACACUGCACUUGAUAUUGCGACUCAAACAGGCCAUAAGGAGAUGGUAGAAAUAUUGCUAAAAGGCGGGGCGAAAAUUCAUUGUAACGUAGAGAAUCAUUUAACGCCACCGUUGCAUGCAGCUGCUCUCAGAGGGUAUUGGGAAAUUGCUGAACUAUUGUUGGAAUUUGAUGCUGUUGUGAACUCUAAAAAUUGGCGUGGCAAUACAGCACUUCACAUUGCUGCUGUACAAGGGUAUGAUGAUGUUGUUAUAAUUCUUUUGCGAUAUGAUGCUGACAUUAAUGCUACAAAUAAUAGAAAUGAGACGCCUCUUGAGUCUGUUAGAAAUAGAACAAUGUCAUACCGUCAUAGCUUAGGCCCAUCUUAUUCUUUUUAUCAUUCUCCUCACAAUCUAAGAGGGGAGGCUGUCUACGAAGUGGUUGUUGCUCUUAAUUGCCACAUAAUUCAAAGAAAAACCGCAAAUAUGUAUGUAAAUGAUCAAAAUUUGCGUGCGUUGUCUAAUAUGCGGUCUGACGAUGCUAUAAGUAAUUUUCGAGAAGAUUGUGAGGAAGAAAUUGCAACCAUGAAGACUGAUAAAAUUAGUGAUACAAUCAUAUCAUUUUAUGAUAUUUUAUCUAAAGGUGAGCAUCUUUUAGCAAUAUAUAUGAGGAACGAAACUGUCAUGCAAGUUUUAAAAUCUGCCGAGUUUAAAACAAAAUAUCCAAUAUAUGCUUACAUGUUACAAAAUUGUAUUAAAAAGGGUGUAGAGCGGAAGAAGUUACUGGAACAAAGCGAUACAGUCUACGAUUUUCUGUUUACUACUUCUGGAUUACCACAACCCUGUAUAGACUCGAUACUUAGGUACCUGAGUAAUGAAGAAUUUAAAAAUUUACUUGAUGCUUGUAAGUAUUAUGUGUGAGUGGUACGGGUGAUCACAAUAUAAAAAGUAUUUUAUGAAAAGUGCAAUUUAUUAAAG